UACGGUUUCAUUACAAGUGUGUGUUUGUAUGUCCUCAAGCAUUCACUGGGAGGGAGCGUAUAUAUCGUGUACGUGUCAUGUUUAUGAUGCUCCCUCCAGAAGACGCUUCAAUCCCAGUUGGUGCAGCCGGCCAGUGCGCCAUAGCAAUCGUUGGAUCGUCGUGUGUUGUUCUACUACUGAUGUACUGCGUAUGGAUAAGAGGUCUUAAACUUCCUCGGUGGGUGUCGAAGCGACGCACGCGCUACAAGACUCCCGUUGCCCGAUAUCACAGCGAUUAUGGCGUUGAGUUCGACCUUGACGACGCCUACGCCUACGCAAGCGUGGACGACCAAGACCUAAGAAAUGAACCAACAUCUAGUCAGGAAAGGACAAGCAGUUAUGAUCAAAUAGGUGGCGCUUCCGGCAUAUAUGAAGAUACGUCAUUAAGACUCCAGCCUAACGCCUCGUUGAAUACCAGUCUAGAAGGUACAGAUUACAGCUACAACCACCUGAACCACAAACCCAAGCCAAGAGUCCUCAACCAUCAAUAUGACUUAGUCAUUCCCCAAGGACUAGAAGCUGCGCCACCUUCAACGCCAACGGGUUCUCAGCACCACGUUCUUGGUCCACCUGUGGUCCAAACAUUGGUAAAAAAUGACUACGACGUUGCGAGGACAUCGUCAGUAGUUUAUUCAGUAGCCUCAGAUCCUAGUAGCCCCAUACAACCAUCAGAAGCUGAUGUAAAGGACGACAGCAGUGAUGAGGAAGCGCGCAAUUCUGACACUGAUGAAAACCAGUGUAUUAACAAUGUUCGUGUCAGUUUAGAUGUUGGCGGAGAGAUAAGUCAGUGCAGAGAUGAAAGUGAACCUGUAUAUGCAUUGGGCACCGUCAUGGCUAGGCCUGACAGUACGUCUCAGAUAUACGACAUCCCGAUGCUACCAGUGUCUAAAAUAGGAGCGUCGGAGCAGAAGGAAAAGGCUGUUCUACAAAAAUGUCUAAGUUAUCCUGAAACCGUGGCGGAAACCCAAAAUGUUCAGCAAGUGUAUUCAGUGGCUACUGGUAUUGAGCCUGUCUGUGAAACUAAUGCCAAUACCAACAACCGUGAAAUCCGGGAGAAACAGGAGCCCAAACCUGCCAAGGUCAAACCUCCCAUAAAGAAGAGGCUAAAGGUGAAAACACCAUCCAGGUCUGUCCAGGCCUUGGCAACGUUCUAUGACACGCAGCUAGAUGCUUGUUCACUUGUGAAGAAGCCUCGUAGUCCUAGCUCAGAUCUGAUAUCUGAGUGAGUGAGUGAGUGAGCGUGUGAGUAUGUUAUAUCAGUCUUAACCCACUCUUAGAGUCUCACAGUUAGUGACUCACAACGUGUCAGCUUAAUGUUGGGGAACUGCCCAGAAGACAAGACUGCCCAUACUCAGACCGGACCUAGAUGUGUCUACCCCUUUGGUGAAACCCAUGAGCACUGCUAUGGUCCUGACAAACCGAGAUUCAUAAUCGGCAAACCUUGAUAGGAACACAAAUGCUGGGCAGGUUUCUUGUGUGUUGAAUGGAAGCAACUCUGGCGGCAACCCCUUUGCUGAAAACCGGACAAGAUGCUGACACAAUAGACGUGACACAAGAUGUUGGUCAUUUGCUCAGACCAAGGUGUCUGAGGAAGGUUUAAAACUUAGACUAAAGGACUUCGAGGCUCGUGUGUCUUUAUUUUAUUAUUCACGUGCAACUUUUGUAACGCUGGAAUUAGCACCAGGAUUGUACACACAGCCUAGAACGUGCACUAAUUCUGGAGUUUCUACAUUGAGAAAUUAAGACGCCAUGAUUAACGACAUUCUGCCGCGUGUAACCAGGCUGAGGACUCAGGACUCAUUUUCGUUUGUGUAUAUAUAACUUUUCUUAUAAAGCAGGAAGUGUUAUCUAACAUUCGAAAGAGUCAAUGAUUAGUAGUAAUAUUGGAUUCUUGAUGAUUAUGUUUGACCUUUUUAUACUCGUUUCUGGCACCUACCAUAAUUAAUAGUAUCGAGGCCUGCUUCAUCUGUUUGAGACAUAUUAGUAAAAGCGAGCGAUGGCACAUUAUGCCUCUUCGCGUUAAAUCUCAUUACCUCUAAGAAAACAAGCCUUACAGCAUGCACAGCGUAAUUUGCAAUGCUUUUAUAAAUCAUAUUUGUUCACCACCUCUGAGAAACUAUAACCUUCUUUGUGUGUUAUUUAAAAUCAAAGUUAACAGUACUUCAGAACGUCACCGCCUAUGUUACGCAUACUAAAAAACAUAUGGUGACAAAUGAUUUCAAUCUCUAAUAUCCGUUCUGAAACACUUGAAAACGCAUAUUAUUGUAUAAAUAUGUCGUACUUGUAGUGUAGGUAUGAGAUAAUAAAAAAUGUCGUUAUGG